AUGGAGCCUUUUCGCGUACGUCUCAACUGCAUCGAUCACUACCAGGCGACCGCGUCGGAGCUCGACCCUGCGUUGCCCUUUCGAGAUGGUGCCUCUGAAAAAGAUUUCAGGCCAAAGGUGCCUGUGAUAAGGGUGUUCGGAGCGACUGAGACUGGUCAGCGAGUAUGCGUUCAUGUCCAUGGCGUAUUCCCAUAUCUGUAUAUUGAAUACAACGGUUCUUUGGCACCCGAAGCAGUUAACUCGGCAACACGCACCCUUCACCUCUCAAUAGACCAUGCCUUGGCAGUCAGCUACCGUCGCAACGCCUACGACCGGAAAACCGCAUACGUCGCACAUAUUACAUUGGUUAAAGGGAUCCCCUUCUAUGGCUAUCAUGUCGGCUACCGGUCCUUCUUUAAAAUCUACCUUCUCAAUCCUUUCUAUGCUGGCCGGCUAGCCGAUCUUCUUCAUCAGGGUGCGGUGAUGAAACGCCCCUUACAACCAUACGAAGCCCAUAUGCAGUUCGUUCCCCAAUGGAUGUGCGACUACAACUUGUACGGGUGCGCAUACAUGGAUUGCGAAAAGGUCAAAUUUCGAUCCCCCGUACCAGAGUACUUAGAGUUAGCCAAUCCCGACCAUCGAUGGCAUGACCGCUCUAUCCGUCCCGAGGACAUACUCGAUGGCCCGGCCCUCCAGAAACAGAGUCAUUGUCCUCUGGAGGUGGACAUCUGCGUACAGGACAUCCUCAAUAGGUCUGAUGUCAAAGAACGUCCCCUACACCAUGACUUUGGCGAGCUUUUCAGACCCGCUGCCUUCAACGAACGCCUUGUACCUAGCGUGGCUGGACUUUGGCAGGACGAGACUCGGCGGCGAAAGAAACGAAUGGGUAUAACUGACCCCGGCAGCACCCCAUUCGGCCCCGACGAACUGAUUUCGAUGUCCGCUGAUCCUAGAAAUCAAUCCAAGGGAGGCUGGGUACAUGAGGAUGAAUUUCAGGAGUUGGUCUUCCAAAUAGCCGAAGAAGAACAACGGGCAGAUGGUGACACAGAGAUAUCAUUUGAAACAUUCUCAAAUGUCAAUAAAGUACAGGAAAUGGUUCAAACUGCCUUGAAUAGCGUUGAAGAUUUCUAUCCAGACAGACUGGACAGGUCAAAACAGAGUUUUCGCCAGGAGUUCGAUGAGUUGGCCAAAAUUUCCGUCGACGAAGACCUCGCGCGAUCUUCUCAGCCUGAUGGGCAAUAUCUACCAGAUGGCGAGGGUAGCACAGAAGAGGACAUGAACGAGAAGCCAAGAGUUACUGAAAACCAUGCCAUUCAAGAAAGUUUCUACGAUGGUGUAUUCGACGAUAUCCUUCAACCAGAGGAUGAAGCACCCGAGGACCUUUUGCAGGAGGCUUUUGAAAAAAUUUCAUCCGACGACGAAUUGACAAGCGAUCCCCCUGUCUCGAAGCCAAACCCGAGCCACGAAGGCCAAAUUAUGGACAGGAAUGUUGAUAGUUCCCUUAAAGGGAGCUUCACUGAUCAUGCUCACCACGACCUCCCGCCAAGAAAAAAACGGAGAUUCUGGUGCAACCCAGAUUUGUCUCAAAAGGACAGUCACGGUAGCCUGGGCAAAGAGAACCUGGACCUGAAUCUGGAACCUCCAUCAUCAGAACCCACAUCAUCUUCGUCUCAAAAGACAGUCCGGCCAAAAUCUCACAUCCCUCUACCUAAUAGCCGACUAAACUAUCCAGUUGUCAAAGACCCCAAUGACCCUUUGACGAUUCUACGGUUUAGCCAAGAUGACGGCCAGUCUAAGAAGGGAAAUGAAUAUUCACAGCAUCUACCAAGCUCUUUCCCUGGUGGGUCUGCCACCAGUCCUUCAGGAAAUGGCAGCGGUGGAGCAAUCUCGUCUAUCCUUCGGUCUUCUUCUACUGUAGUAAAAUCGGCUGCUCUCAAUCCGCAUGUCGCCAAGAUCAAGCAAAACCUGUGUGGCUCCUUCAACUUCCCCGAAAACACCACUAUCUCUCUGUUUAGGUUCGCCGCCCCGGGCGCAGAUGAAGUUGCUUCGACGAUGCUUGACAAUAAUCGCCCAUCUGUUGUUUAUCAAAAGGCAUAUUACAGCGACGAGACAGAUGUUCCCGAAAGACCACGACAAUACGCUGGCCGAGAAUUUCGAUUAGAAAGCGACACAGUGCACUACCUCCCGGAAUUCGACCCAUCAGCAAAUCUCUCGGCCAUGUUUGGUGACCAAUCACCGAUUUUAUUCGAUCGUGAGAAGCAAGAAAAGGUUGACCAGGAAUUGCGGGAAUCGUGCACCGCAAGAAUGUGGGAAUUUGCACCCCUUCCUCCUAGUCGCUCUGAAGUUGUCGAGUGGUUUGAAAAUCUCCAAGCAUCCCAAAAAUCCGCCUCGUCCAAGCCAGCAAUUCCCAAUGCAGAGGCAAAGCCUGAAGCAAUGUCACAAAUUGAAGGACCAACACAAAAACCCCACGGUUUCAAAUACUCUCAAAAGGCGAAGACUACCAGCGUUAAGCACCAAGCCCAGUACAUGAGCACGAUGAGCUUGGAGGUGCAUGUGAACACCCGCGGCGCUUUUUCGGCAAACCCCGUGGAGGAUGAAAUUUCGUGUAUCUUCUGGGGUCUCCACUCUGAAGACGAGGAUAUCGAGAUCAAUAGCCACCUACCUGGUGUCCACGUCGGAAUGAUCUACCAAGGCGAAGGCGAAAGACCCGAGUCCAAGAUCUCGAAAGCGCUCCGAAUCGACAUGGAACAUGAACCCACAGAGCUUGAUAUGAUCAACCGACUGGUAGAUAUCGUGCGCUACCACGACCCAGAUAUUAUGAUUGGGUAUGAAGUUCAUAAUGGCUCCUGGGGCUAUGUCAUUGAACGAGCUCGGAAAAAGUAUGACUUCGACCUCACUGCGGAACUUUCCCGGGUAAAGUCGCAGUCUCAUGGGAAGUUUGGUAGGGAAGAGGAGCGUUGGGGAGCCGAUCACACCUCUUCCGUACAUAUAACUGGCCGACACGUCAUCAAUAUCUGGCGUGCGAUGAGAGGUGAGUUGAAUUUGCUAGGAUAUACGAUGGAGAAUGUUGUUUUUCAUCUGCUUCAUCGACGGAUACCACACUACUCAGCCAAGGACCUCACAAAGUGGUAUCAGAGCGGAAAGCCUCGCAACGUUUGUAGGGUUGUGGAAUAUUUCACAUCACGUAUGCAGAUGAACCUGGAAAUUCUUGAAGCCAAUGAGUUGAUCCCGCGGACUAGCGAGCAGGCUCGCUUGUUGGGCAUUGACUUCUCUUCGGUCUACUUUCGAGGUUCCCAGUUCAAAGUUGAGUCGCUCAUGUUCCGAAUCGCCAAACCCGAGAACUAUCUUCUAGUAUCGCCUAGCCGAAAACAGGUUGGCCAGCAGAAUGCCCUAGAGUGUCUUCCCCUGGUUAUGGAACCGCAAAGUGAUUUCUACACCAGCCCGCUUGUGGUUCUUGAUUUCCAAUCUCUCUACCCUAGUGUGAUGAUCGCGUAUAACUACUGCUACUCGACCUUUUUGGGGAGGGUAUCACAGUGGCGUGGCCGAGACAAGAUGGGCUUCAUGGAUUACAAGCGUCAGCCAAGGCUGUUAGAACUGCUCAAAAACAAGAUCAAUAUCUCGCCGAACGGCAUGAUGUAUGCGAAGCAGGAAGUGCGCCAAUCACUGUUGGCAAAGAUGCUUACAGAAAUCCUUGAGACUCGCGUGAUGGUUAAGACGGGGAUGAAAGCAGACAAAGAUGAUAAGAUCCUUCAACGUCUAUUGAACAAUCGUCAAUUGGCCCUCAAGCUGAUCGCAAACGUCACAUAUGGUUAUACGUCUGCGUCUUUCUCGGGUAGAAUGCCCUGCUCCGAGAUUGCAGACAGUAUCGUGCAGUCUGGCCGUGAAACACUUGAGAAGGCUAUUGCCUUUAUCCAUUCAGUGGAACGGUGGGGUGCUGAGGUGGUCUAUGGCGACACUGACAGCUUGUUCGUCUAUCUCAAGGGCCGCACUCGCGACCAAGCUUUUGACAUCGGCGAGGAAAUUGCGCAAGCAGUAACAGAUAUGAAUCCUCGCCCGGUGAAGCUCAAAUUCGAGAAAGUUUACCACCCCUGCGUCCUUCUGGCCAAAAAGCGAUACGUCGGCUUUAAGUACGAGCACCGGGACCAGAAAGAGCCCGAUUUUGAUGCCAAGGGCAUCGAAACCGUGCGACGCGAUGGAACACCUGCAGAACAGAAGAUCGAAGAGAAAGCUCUAAAGAUCCUGUUCCGAACAGCAGACCUAAGUCAAGUAAAGUCUUAUUUCCAUCGCCAAUGCAACAAGAUCAUGCAGGGCCGUGUCUCCAUCCAGGAUUUCUGUUUUGCCCGAGAGGUCCGUCUCGGAACAUACAGUGAUCGUGGCCAGCUCCCCGCCGGUGCAAUGAUCAGCACAAAGCGCAUGCUUGAGGACCCCCGCCUGGAACCUCAGUACGGUGAGCGUGUGCCAUACGUUGUCAUUACCGGUGCACCGGGCUCACGCCUUAUCGAUCGGUGUGUAGCGCCCGAGGAACUCUUGCACGAUGCUCAGCUCGACCUCGAUGCUGAAUACUAUAUCACCAAGAACUUGAUCCCACCUCUGGAGCGCAUUUUUAACCUGGUAGGCGCCAACGUGCGCCAGUGGUACGAUGAAAUGCCCAAGGUCCAACGUAUUCGUCGCGUCGAGGCGUCUUCUUCAUUGGCUCAUCCGACCAAGGGACUUGGCAUGCUGAAAAAGACUCUCGAGUCAUAUAUGCGCUCAUCUUCUUGCAUCCUCUGCAAAUCCAAGCUGUCCGAUGCUGCUGUGCCUGUAUGCAGCGAAUGUCUGCAGCGUCCACAUCUUGCCCUACUGGACGUUGUCUCGCGGCUACAGCGGGCAGAGAAAAGAGUCGUCGACCUUGAGGCUGUGUGUCGGUCAUGCAUGGGCGUGCCGCCUGGUGAUGAGAUUCGCUGCGAUAGCAUGGAUUGUCCUGUUUAUUACUCUCGUACCCGCGAUACGGCCCACUGGCAACAUUCUCGGGCUGUCCUAGAGCCUGUCGUAGCGCUGCUAGAAAAGAAGGGAGACGAGGGAUUGGAUUGGUGA